CGCAGUUGCGUGUUGACUGUCGGUCCGGCAUAGUGACAUAAAUAACAUCUUGUAUUACGAAAUAAGAUGACUACGAUAAGAACCGUGACGUGUUAUAUAACUUGUUAUUUAUGCAUUACUACAUCAAUAGAAGCUGCACGAAUUCUGGCAAUUAUUCCGAUACCGUCGUACAGUCACCAAAUUCCUUAUCGACCGAUAUGGAUCACACUGAGCCAGCGAGGACAUGAAGUUGUCCUUUUGACAACGGAUCCAAUAAACGAUCCUAGUUUAACAAAUUUGACAGAAAUCAAUUUUAACCAUACGUACGAGUUUUUUGAAGAAUAUAACGUAAAUUUUGUCAAUUAUCUAUACAAUGCGUAUUCGUGGUUAGACACGGCAAGAGAAUAUAUAUGGCCAAUGGGUCACGGAUUGACGAAAACUAUAUAUGAACAUCCACAAGUGCGUAAGAUGUACGCACCAAAUAGUGGUGAAAAAUUCGACUUGAUAAUCAUUGAGAAUUUGUUAACACCUGGUCUUUAUGGUUUGGCGCAUAGAUUUAAUGCACCUCUUAUCGGUGGAGCGUCAUUAGGAAUCUAUAGUCAUACUCAUUAUCUUCUUGGUUUACCUGUUUUACCGUCGCAUCCUUCAACGUGGGAAAUGGAAUACGACAUCGGUUUCAAUCUUCCAUUAUGGCAAAGAACAAAGAACUUUAUUCGGCAGUGGUAUCAUAUAUAUCGCGCGAUGCAAGACUUCUAUCCUAAGCAGCAAGCGAUAGCAGAAAAAUAUCUUGGAAAAAAUAUACCAAAUAUCGCUGAUAUAGAAAGAAACAUGAGUCUUGUUCUUGUCAAUCAACAAGACACUAUCUCGUUUGCCAGACCGAGAACGCCAAAUAUUAUACUAUUUGGAAGUUUUCAUGUUUCAAGUAAACUCGCACCAUUAUCAAAGGAUUUAGAGAAAUUUUUAGCAAACGCAUCGAACGGAUUUGUUUACGUGAGUCUCGGCACAAAUGUCGAUAUGUUAUCAUUUCCUAGGCAUAUUCUAAAUGCGUUUAUUGAUGUAUUUACAAAGUUGCCGUAUAAAGUCGUUUUGAAAGUGAACGGCGAAAUUGCAAAUAAAAGUGACAAUAUUUAUAUUGCGCCAUGGUUCCCUCAACAAAGUCUUCUUGCUCAUUCGAACAUCAAAUUAUUUAUAUAUCAAGGAGGACUUCAAAGCACGGAAGAGGCUGUUCAUUAUGCAGUGCCGCUCGUAGGUAUACCGGUAUUAGCCGAUCAAUAUGCCCAAGUUUUCAGAAUGGUAUAUCUUGGUGUUGCGAAAUAUUUAAAUGCUAUGGAAAUAUCGAAAGAACUUCUGAACGCAACUAUAAUAGAAGUGAUAAGCGAUAAAAGAUAUAAAGAAAGAAUGCUCGAAGUUAAAGCAUUACUUAAAGACAAACCAUAUGAUCUCUUAGAAAACGCUAUUUGGUGGAUUGAAUUUGUAAUUCGUCACAAAGGUGCUUCUCAUCUUGUUAAUACUAUUGUUUAUGAACCUUGGUAUCAAAGAUAUGAUGGAGACAUUAUAGCAGUUUUAUCAAUUUCUACAUUUAUAAUUUUAAUUUGUGCCCUAUUAUUUAUUUAUAAACUAGUCAAUGCAGUAAGGUCAUUUUAUUCUACUUCAUCAGAGAUAAAUAGUAAGAAACAAAAAAUAAAUUGACCAUCUAUAUCUAUAUAUAAGAUAUUGAUAGUAUGUUUACGUACAGAGUGUAUUAAAAGUACCGGUAUCACGAGAAAUCUCGGAAACUAAACUACUAUCAAAAGCAAGUGUGGCCAUUCAGAUGGCCUGUUUUAAUGUAUGUGCGUGUGCGUAAACUUUAGAAAACUGUAACUUAAUAAAAAAAUGACCUAAAUGUAAAAAAUAAAAAACCGUUGUAUUUGUCUCAUUGCCGCUUAUAACUUUUGUUUCAAACAAAAAAUCGAUUUCCAUUUUUAAAAAUGGUCGCCAUAAUGCAAUCUCGAAAGUGGCGCCAUCUAUAAAUUAAAUUGAUAAUGUCAUCAUUUUUCUCUCUUAAAACCGUAAAACUUUUGUCUUAAUCUUUUUUCUAUAAAAC